AUGGACGAUUUCACCUCCCUCGAACUGCUGUCGCUCGUUUCCAAAGUUACCUCCGAACUACAAAACCACCUAGGAAUUAACGACAAAACCCUCGCUGAGUUUGUCAUCGACCAGCACGAAAAAUGUGGAGGCAACCUGGAAAAGUUCAAGGAGGACUUAGCGGGCAUGGGGGCGGAGUUUCCCAACAGCCUGGUCGAGAGCAUCGAUCGGUUGAUCAAGGCAAUGCAUCCCAAGUACAAAAAGACCCAGAAACAAUCCGCGCAGGCAAAUGGCUCUUCCGACAUGGACGAGCUAGAUGCGAUCGGUCGCAAAGCGAAAGUCUUUAAGGGGCUUGCUGUUCCAGAUCGUGACCAGUCCUGGACCGACUCCGAGGAUGAUAUCGCUGCACAGAAGGCAGGUCGGACAAAACACCUAGCACAGGACGAUACCUUUGCACUUCUCGAAGGUCUUGCAGGAAAAUCGAAGCCCGGUACGAAUGGACAUACCGAAAGAACCAGAAAGAGGAGUCGCAGUCCAGAUCGGGAUGACUAUGCAAGGAACCGGGAACCAAGGCGCAAAUACUGGUCUCGAAGUCCCAGCCCUCACGAGGAGAAAAGGUCACGAAGACAUCAAGACCGUGAUUAUGAAGACAGGUCCGCCGGUCGUAGAGACCGCUACGAUGAGAGGCAGAAUGGCCACCACAAGAGCAGGAGACGCGACUACGACGAAGAUGAAGAUUUCCGAAGGCCGCCUCCUCGUGAAAUCGAUGAGCUCCCCGUUCUCUAUAAAGUCUAUGAUGCAGUGAUCAAUGGGAUCAAGGACUUUGGCGCAUUUGCUAGUCUUCAAGGUGUCAAAGGCAAUGCCAGCGGGCUUAUUCACGUCUCUGCCAUUCAGGAGGGCGCUAGGGUCAACCAUCCCUCUGAUCUUCUAUCUCGUGGACAGCACGUAAAGGUCAAGGUUGUCAAGAUGGAAAACAACAAAAUCAGCUUGUCGAUGAAGGAGGUUGAUCAGGUUACCGGGCAAGAUCUUGUUCCGUCAAGGAGAAUAGCCUCCGGCGCUAACAUGGAGAGUCUCAACGGUGCGUCGUCGGAAGACCGUUAUGGAAAUCUGGGCAGCACAGUCCCCGUCAUCGAAGACAAUUACACUUCAAAGUCGAGCAAAUCCCGGAAGAGAUUGACAUCCCCCGAACGAUGGGAAAUCAAGCAACUCAUCGCCUCAGGUGCAAUAUCGGCGCAUGAUUACCCUGAUAUUGACGAGGAAUACAAUGCAACCUUGAACGGAGAUGACCAGUUUGAGGAGGAAGAAGACAUCGAUAUUGAGGUCCGGGAAGAGGAGCCACCCUUCCUCGCAGGUCAAACCAAACUGUCCUUGGAACUGUCACCCAUUCGAGUUGUGAAGGCUCCUGAAGGGUCACUCAACAGGGCAGCCCAAGCUGGUACAAACCUAGCUAAGGAGAGGAAAGAUCUCAAGCAACAGGAAGCAGCGGAGCGGGCGGCAGAGGAGGCAUCCAAAGUCGACCUCAACGCACAAUGGCAAGAUCCGAUGAUCAAUCCUGAGCAGAGAAAAUUCGCAUCAGACCUGCGACAAGCCCAGCAACAAUCGUCUCGAGCUAUUGAAGCAGUGCCCGAAUGGAAACGAGCCACCCAAGGUAAGAAUCAGUCUUAUGGCCGCCGGACAGACAUGACCAUCAAGCAGCAAAGGGAGUCACUUCCAGUCUUUCAUUUUCGCAAACAGUUGCUCGAAGCUGUUGCUGCGAAUCAGUUGCUUAUUGUGGUUGGAGACACUGGUUCUGGCAAGACAACCCAGCUCACCCAGUACCUUGCUGAAGCCGGGUACGCUAACAACGGCAUGAUAGGCUGUACGCAGCCUCGGCGUGUCGCCGCCAUGUCAGUCGCAAAGCGUGUGUCUGAGGAGGUCGGCUGCGAGUUGGGAAAAGAGGUCGGCUAUACAAUUCGUUUUGAGGAUCGGACGUCGCCGGCCACCAAGAUCAAAUACAUGACUGACGGAAUGCUUCAGCGAGAGAUCUUACUGGACCCAGACCUCAAGCGCUACAGCGUCAUCAUGCUGGACGAGGCACACGAGAGGACCAUCGCCACGGACGUUUUGUUUGGGCUGCUCAAGAAAACGUUGAAGAGGCGACCGGACCUGAAGCUGAUUGUCACAUCCGCCACUCUCGACGCAGACAAGUUCUCCGAGUACUUCAACCAAUGUCCCAUAUUCUCCAUCCCCGGCCGAACAUUCCCUGUUGAAAUCAUGUAUUCCAGAGAACCGGAGGAAGACUACUUGGACGCGGCGUUGACUACUGUCAUGCAAAUCCAUCUUACUGAACCACCCGGUGAUAUUCUUCUGUUCUUAACUGGACAGGAAGAGAUUGACACCAGUUGUGAGGUUCUGUACGAAAGAAUGAAGGCUUUAGGACCUGGUGUUCCUGAACUGGUCGUUCUGCCCGUCUACUCCGCGCUCCCCAGCGAAAUGCAGAGCCGGAUUUUUGAACCUGCGCCACCUGGUGGUCGAAAGGUCGUUAUUGCUACGAACAUUGCCGAAACAUCAAUCACCAUCGACGGAAUCUACUACGUAAUAGAUCCCGGCUUUGUGAAGCAGAACGCCUAUGAUCCCAAACUCGGAAUGGAUUCGCUGGUUGUGACCCCAAUCUCUCAAGCACAGGCCAAACAGAGAGCUGGUCGAGCAGGUAGGACUGGUCCAGGCAAAUGCUUCCGCCUAUACACCGAAGCAGCCUACCAGUCUGAAAUGUUACCUACCUCUAUACCAGAGAUCCAGCGCCAGAAUCUCUCCAAUACCAUUCUGAUGCUCAAAGCAAUGGGCAUCAAUGAUCUCUUGCAUUUCGACUUUAUGGACCCACCACCCACGAAUACUAUGUUGACAGCGCUGGAAGAACUUUACGCACUCUCCGCCCUCGAUGAUGAAGGUCUUCUCACACGACUCGGACGCAAAAUGGCCGACUUUCCCAUGGAGCCCUCCUUAUCAAAAGCCCUAAUAGCAUCCGUGGAUUUGGGUUGUUCGGAGGAGAUGCUCACCAUCGUGGCAAUGCUCUCCGUGCAGACAGUGUUCUACCGCCCGAAGGAGAAGCAACAGCAAGCCGACCAGAAAAAGGCCAAGUUUCAUGACCCCCACGGAGACCAUCUUACACUACUAAACGUCUACAAUGCAUGGAAGCAGUCUCGGUUCAGCGAUCCUUGGUGUUUCGAAAACUUUAUUCAAAAGCGUCAAAUAGCGCGAGCCCGGGACGUCCGCCAACAACUCGUCAAUAUCAUGCAACGGUACAAGCAUCAGAUUGUUUCCUGUGGUCGCAAUACGCUCAAGGUUCGACAAGCACUCUGCGCCGGGUUUUUCAGGAAUUCAGCACGGAAGGAUCCGCAGGAGGGUUAUAAAACCCUUAUUGAGGGGACACCCGUGUACAUGCAUCCUAGUUCUGCGUUGUUUGGAAAACCGGCUGAGCAUGUCAUCUUCCAUACGCUGGUGCUGACGACCAAGGAGUACAUGCACUGCGCGACUGUGAUUGAGCCGAAGUGGCUAGUUGAAGCUGCCCCGACGUUCUUCAAGGUCGCUCCCACGGAUCGCCUCAGCAAGCGCAAGAAGGCGGAAAGGAUUCAACCCUUGCACAAUAAAUUCGCCAGUGGAGAUGAUGAUUGGCGGCUGAGCGCGCAGAGAAGGCAAGGUAAAGGAGGUGGCGGAGGUACCUGGGGUUGA